GAUACAAGACCCUGCUGAAAUGUCUCUCUGGGAAAUUUUGCCCCCGGGAACUGAUUGGUAUUAUGGGACCUUCUGGAGCUGGGAAAUCCACCUUGAUGAACCUCUUGGCUGGAUACCGGGAAACGGGCAUGAAAGGCCAAAUUUUGGUGAACGGACAUCCAAGGGAACUGCGCACUUUCCGUAAGAUGUCGUGCUACAUUAUGCAGGACGACAUGUUGAUGCCCCAUCUCACCGUGAGGGAGGCCAUGAUGGGUUCAGCCAACUUGAAACUGAAUGAGAAGCAAGAAGUGAAGAAGGAGCUGGUGAAUGAGAUCUUGACUGCCUUGGGACUCCUGGAAUGUGCCCAUACUCGCUCCUCCGCUCUCUCUGGAGGACAACGCAAGCGACUUGCCAUCGCCCUUGAGUUGGUCAACAAUCCUCCAGUCAUGUUUUUUGACGAGCCCACCAGUGGACUGGAUAGCACGUCCUGCUUCCAGGUGGUCUCCCUCCUGAAAUCCUUGGCCCAAGGGGGCCGCACCAUCAUCUGCACCAUCCACCAGCCCAGCGCUAAGCUCUUUGAAAAGUUUGACAAGCUCUACAUCCUCAGCCAAGGUCAAUGUAUCUUCAAGGGAGCUGUCUCCAACCUCAUCCCGUAUCUAAAGGGGCUUGGCCUGCAUUGUCCCACCUACCAUAACCCAGCUGAUUUCA